UCCGAUUCCGAUCCGAAGUGUAGGCAACCAGAGAUAGAAAAAAGGCAAAAGUGGCAUCGCAUCAUAUCACAAGAUUUUGUUUUAUUUCAUUUUCAAUUUAAUAAAUCGCGUAAUACACAUUGGAUCUGUUGAACCUAGAAAGCACUUAAAAUCUUAAAGAGUUUCCUGUUUAUUGUGAGCUUGCCAAAGCAGGAAAACACACCUCGUAGUUUCCAUUUGCUGCUUGGUUUUCUUCAAAAUUUAUAACAAAACAGAAAUGGACAGCACAAAUGGUGAAGAAGGCGCCAAAUCUAGAUCCCCAUCGGCUGAAUCGCUUAGUUCUCGGAAAUCGAAGACUUCCCACAGAAGCCGCAGUGGUUCGAAAGAUUCAGCUGUAAAUAUUUCUCGUGAAACAAAUUCAAGAUCUAGGAGCAGGUCACGAAGUUCAAAUGCAGCCAAUGUAAGUACCGAAAGGAAGUCGAGGAGUCGCAGUGGAAGUGCCGCAUCGAAGAGGUCUAAAUCAAGGUCACGAAGCGGUUCGGCUGCUUCGAAGCGUUCACGUGGUAGCGUUGGUUCCAGACGAAGUCGAAGCAAAAGUGGAAGUAGAAAUCGCAGUGGAUCGAGAAGGAGUAGGAGUGGUUCUGGCAGCAGGAGCCGAAGUGGUUCAAGACGCAGUCGUUCAGGCAGUCGUUCUCGGUCUAGAUCUAGGUCUGGCAGUGGCAGUCGGAGUCGCAGCAGGAGUGGCUCUCGUAGGAGUCGAAGUGGAUCGAGGCGAAGCCGAAGUGGCUCGAGAAGAAGUCGCAGUGGCUCAAGAAGAAGUCGUAGUGGCUCGGGAAGAAGUCGCAGCGGGUCGAGGAGAAGUCGCAGUGGCUCAAGAAGAAGUCGCAGUGGAUCGAGAAGGAGUCGUAGUGGCUCGAGAAGGAGUCGCAGUGGAUCUGGUAGUCGCAGCCGAAGUGGCUCACGUAGAAGUCGUAGUGGAUCCCGAAGAAGCCGAAGUGGCUCUCGAAGAAGUCGAAGUGGCUCCCGAAGAAGUCGCAGUGGUUCCAGGCGUAGUCGAAGUGGCUCUCGCAGAAGUCGCAGUGGCUCAAGAAAGAGUCGCAGCGUUUCGAGAAGAAGCAGAAGUGGCUCAAAGCGCAGCCGAAGUGGUUCCAAAGUCCAACGUAGCAGCCGCUCCAAGUCAAGAUCAAGAUCAGGCUCCGGUGCUCGAUCCAGGUCUCGUUCCCGAAGUGUUUCCAAGUCACCAGUUGCUACGAAAAAGAAACGAGCUCUACUCAGUGAUUCGGAAGAUGAAGAGAGUGCAGCGGCAAGUUUCAAGAAACGGCCAAAAAUUACCGACACAGACAAUGAAGACGAGGAAGACGCCGCUCCCGAAAAACCAGAGGGUGAAGCACCAGAAGCAGACAAAUCUGCCAAAGAAGGUAUUGUCGACAGCUCUGAUGAUGAAAUCAUGCCUUCUAAUAAUGAACAAAGCGACAACUUUAUAUCGGACUUCGAUGCAAUGUUAUUGCGCAAGAAGGAAGAGAAAAAGCCCCGUCGUCGUCGUGGGGACAUUGAACUUAUCAACGACAAUGAUGAUUUGAUCGAUCAGCUUAUAAUGAACAUGAAGCACGCCGCCGAUGAAGAUCGAGAACUGAACAAGCUCAAUAAACCAGCGGUUAAAAAGAUCUCAAUGUUGAAGCAAGUGAUGUCCCAGUUGAUAAAGAAGGAUCUGCAACUAGCGUUCCUAGAGCACAACAUUUUAAACGUCCUGACUGAUUGGCUAGCACCCCUUCCCAACAAAGCUCUACCGUGUCUGCAAAUCAGAGAAAGUAUUCUAAAACUGUUGUCCGAUUUCCCCACAAUUGACAAGAGCUAUCUCAAACAAUCUGGCAUCGGUAAGGCCAUCAUGUACUUGUACAAGCACCCGAAAGAAACAAAAUACAACCGAGAAAGAGCCGGCCGGUUGAUUUCGGAAUGGGCUCGACCAAUAUUCAACUUGAGUUGUGAUUUCAAAGCAAUGUCCAAAGAGGAACGUCAGCAACGUGAUUUGGAACAAAUGCCAAGGCAGAAAAAAGCCCCCGAACCAGAGGCGACGGUUUCAGAAAAAAGCAGCAGCAAAAAGGGCAAUCUCAAUACAGCGUUUGGUUCAACAGAUGAGAAUCCACUGCGUCCCGGUGAUAAAGGUUGGGUGGCUAGAGCACGAGUGCCAAUGCCCUCGAAUAAGGACUAUGUUAUUCGACCAAGGUCGACUGUGGAAGGUGAAGUCAAUCCGGUUCAAAAGAAGAAACCGAAUCGAUAUGAAAAACACAUGAAGAAGUUCAUAGAUGCAAAGCGAAUGAAGGAAUCCCGGCGAGCAGUUGAGAUAUCAAUCGAAGGGAGGAAAAUGGCACUUUAAACUGGUUGAGUUGGAAAAGAAUUGCCAUUGACUAGAAUAUUAGAUUCAUUGUAUUACAUUUAAGUGGAGUGCUUAUUUGAAGGGAGCACAUUGUGAAAAGCAUUAAUUUGAUUGCUUUGAAAAUUAUAAUUUUUUUAAAAUAAAAUUUUAAGAGAAAAUUAA